AUAUAAAACUGAACGCUUGCUCCUUAUUCCCAGAACUGGUAUUUGGGGCAGGUGAGAGGGAAGGGUGGAUCAUGGCAGUGAUAACAACAGUCUUGGCCUUGGUUCUGGCCCUCAACUCAGUGUCGACAACAGCUAAGGAGCACAAAGGCUUUUGGGAAUACUUCAGCCAGAGAGGCUGGGAGAAGGGCCCGACAGAGCAGAGGGAGCAGCCGAAGCCCAGCAAGGAGUUCCUGAAUCCAAAAGCCAGCCCGGGACCGGACCUCAGUGACAUGAACACUCUCUUGGAGAAAAUGGGGCCCUUGGCUGGGGAAGGAAGGCCUCCCUUGCUGUUUGUGGAUUCAGCAGAGCUGCAGCACCAGCUCCACAAGGAGCUGGAGGAGGUGAGGAGGGGGCUGGCCCCCUACACGCAGGAGGUCCAUCAGCACGUGGGCUGGAACCUGGAGGGGCUGAGGAGGCAGCUCAAGCCCUACACCCUGGAGCUGGUGGAGCGGCUGGCCCUGGGGGUCCAGGAGCUGCAGGAGCAGCUGAAGCUGCUUGGGGAGGACACCAAGAACCAGCUGCUGGGAGGGAUGAACGAGGCCCGGGGCCUGCUCCAGGAAUUUCAGGACCAAGUAGCCCACCACACAGGGAGGGUCAAAGCGCUGUUCCACCCCUAUGCCGAGAGGCUGGUAUCAGAAAUCGGGCAGCACGUUCAGGAGCUGCACCGCAACGUGGCCCCCCAUGCCGCCACCAGCCCGGCCCGCCUCAGCGGCUACAUCCAGGCUCUGUCCAAAAAGCUGACCCUCAAAGCCCAGGCCCUACACACUCACAUCCAGACCAACCUGGACCAGCUGCGGGACGAGCUCAGUGCCUUUGCUGGAGCCAGCGUGGGCGAGGCUGCGGACCGCUUCGGGCCGGAGGCCGGGCUGUCUUCGGAGGAGCUGACCAAGGAGGUCCAGCAGCGGCUGGAGGCUUUUCGCCUCGACACCCUUCAGGAGAUUGCCGAUUUCUCUAGGACCAUUGACCGUGAAACAGAGGAACUGCAACAGCAGCUGGCUCCCCCUCCCCCUGCCCACAGUGCCUCCCCUCCAGAGCUUCUGGGGGACAAUGGGGAUAGGAAGAUCCUAGGAGAGUUAAAAUCCCGCCUCAAUGCCCUUUGGGAAGACAUUCAUUAUAAUCUCCAAGGACAGGGCCAUGGCCUGUUUGAGCUCCCUGAAGACCUUCCUUAGGCCCGGGACUUUUUGCUCCAUAGCUUCCUCUAGGGAAUCUCCAGCAAUCCCUUUGUCGGGACCAAAGGUGGCUGACUGUAAGCAAGACACAGACAUAUCCCGGUGUCUGAGGCUGUGCCUUGGGACUAGAAGGUGGCCCUCCCCUCCGGGCUCAGACCCUUUCCUUCGGCCCUCUUGUGCAGAUGUAUUUCAGUUUCCCAGCUUUGCAAAUCCCCAUCUCCCCACUUAUGAAUCAGGAGUGAUGUCUGGGCCAAGGGAGCAGAGCUGCAAAGGCUACGUGAAGGUUUCUGCUUAGCUGCAAGCUUGCUCGCUAAGCCUCUGGCAGAUGGAGUUACUUAAGUGGGAUCAUCUUGGAUCAGAGCACUUGCCUGCAGCCAGCUUCUGACCACUGCUGGUCCACGGGGCUGACCUGAUGCCUUUAAUGAAAGUUGCUGCUGUACGGGGAGUCAAAGGGAGACGAAUGUGUGUAUGUGUAUAUAUGUGUAUGUACAUGAGCCUUGUUGGAUUUGAAGCUGAUCAACAUGGGCCUUGUUUCUGCCCAAAAAAGGGCCCCACGUAUGUCAAAAACACCUGAAGCUGGACUUCUGUUCUAUGAUUUAGCCCCUGCUAGGCUGCCUGGAACUGGCUAACCUGUGUGGUUACACGUGUGUGCCUUCCUCAUGAUUUAUUUUGUUUUUUCAUGUUGUAAGUUUUGUUAAUAUAUGAAUGCACUGAAAUCAUCA